AUGUCAGAUGUUGCUAAUGUUGUUAUUACAGGUGCUGCAGGUCAAAUUGCAUAUUCAUUAAUUUUUAAUGUUUGUAAAGGUGAUAUGUUUGGACCAGAACAAAAGGUUAAAUUAUUUUUAUUAGAUAUUCCACAAAUGGUAGAGAGUUUAAAGGGUGUUUUAAUGGAAAUUCAAGAUGGUGCCUAUCCAUUAGUUACAGAUGUAGUUUGUACAGCCGAUAUUAAAGAAGCUUUCACCGGUGCAAAUUAUGUUAUUUUAGUUGGUGCUAUGCCACGUAAAGAUGGUAUGGAAAGAGCUGAUCUCUUAAAAGCCAAUGCUUCAAUCUUUAAAGUCCAAGGUAAAGCCAUCAAUGACUAUGCCAAUAAAAAUGUUAAAGUUUUAGUUGUUGGUAACCCAGCCAAUACCAAUUGUCUCAUUGCUAUGCACUAUGCUCCAGAUAUCGCCAAAGAAAACUUUACUUGUCUCACUCGUUUGGAUCAUAAUCGUGCUAAAUCUCAAAUUGCUCUUAAAGCAGGUGUAAAUGUUAAAGAUGUUCACAAUGUUAUCAUUUGGGGUAACCAUUCAUCAACUCAAUACCCAGAUUAUCGUUGCGGUUAUAUCAAUCUCCCAGGUGGUAAACAACCAAUUGGUAAUGUUAUCAGCGAUGAAAAAUGGCUUCAAGGUGAAUUUAUCUCAACUGUUCAAAAGAGAGGUGCUGCUGUCAUUGCUGCUAGAAAAUUCUCAAGUGCUGCAUCAGCUGCCAAAGCUAUCACUGACCAUAUGAGAGAUUGGGUACUUGGUACUCCAGAAGGCGAAUAUGUUUCAAUGGGUGUCCCAUCUGAUGGUUCAUAUGGUAUUGAAUCAGGAAUCAUCUUUUCAUAUCCAGUUAAAUGUCAAAAUGGUAAAUACACUAUUAUUCAAGGUUUAAGCAUAGAUAACUUUAGCAAAGAUAAAAUUGAAAUUACUCGUAAAGAAUUAGUCGAAGAAAAAGAAGCAGCUUUUAAAUUUGUUGGUGAUAAUUAA